UAUCGAUGACGCGGACCCAGUCCCAUGAUCACUUGAGAACGCCAUGUUGACUUGAAAUAGACGUUAAGAAGAUUUUGAAAAAUAUUUGAGAAACAAGUAUUUUGAUAUAGAUUAAAUUUAAUCAAAGAGAUGGGCAGAGUCUGUAUCAUCUACUCAUUUGAUCGACAGAAGAGGGAAAUGCGUAUGUUAACAACAAUGGAGGCGCUAAUUAAUGACGCUAGAGAGCUGUUCGGUUAUGGAGAAGAUGAAAAUCUUUCCGUUUUUUUGGAAAGCAAAGGAGCUAGGGUAUCUACAGAAGAAAUUUUUCGUGCCAUAACGGAAGAAACCACUGGUACAAUAGAGCUUAUGAUUUUAAGCCAAACCCGGGGAGAAUGUUGGAGUCCGGUGAAAGUACCAAGUACACUAACAAGUCCAAGCACACAGACGAUCAGUAUCAACCAAAGUCAAAACUUCCAAAUAGGAGACACAGGGGCGUAACCAGACCUUUAAAAAUUGUACGCACAGAUUUUUAAAAUUCCCAGCACGUAAAGCAAA